CUGCGUUCCGAGGCCGUUAACGGCGGCGCGGCGGGGCCGCGGCUCCAAAACAAAGGGCUGGCGGCCCGCGGGGCGGCGGCGGGAGGAUGCCUCGCGCCCUGCGGAGGCGACAACGGCCGCAGCGCGUCCCGGGUCGCGCCCGGGGCGCUUGAGAACCGAGCCCGCGCUGACCGAGGCCCGGGACGGAUGGGCGCUGCGGGCCGGGGCGCGGACCGCCGAGCGGCCGUUGUGACGUCCUCCUCGCGUCCCCGCUGUGUGGACAGUGCCACACGCCCUCGGAACAGCGACGGCUCUUGCGUGCAUGUUCCAGUGCUGCUUCUGCCAGAGACCCCCACAGAGCCGCGGUUCGUCCGGUGCCAGCCCUGAGCUGAGCGGCACGUGCCCGGCAGAGAUGGUGAAGAUGACAAAAUCCAAAACUUUCCAAGCUUACCUGCCAGACUGUCACCGAACGUACAGCUGUGUCCACUGCAGAGCCCACCUGGCCAAUCACGACGAGCUGAUCUCCAAGUCCUUUCAGGGAAGUCAGGGACGCGCCUACCUCUUCAAUUCUGUGGUGAACGUGGGCUGCGGCCCCGCGGAGGAGAGAGUGCUGCUCACGGGCCUGCACGCCGUCGCAGACAUCUACUGUGAGAACUGCAAAACCACACUCGGGUGGAAAUACGAACAUGCGUUUGAGAGCAGUCAGAAAUACAAGGAAGGAAAAUUCAUCAUCGAGCUGGCCCACAUGAUCAAAGACAAUGGCUGGGAGUAAAGUGAAGAGUUCCUGUUUUCUUUUGGAUACCGUUUUGUGAAAGAGACUGUAAUGUAAUGAAAACAUAAGAGCAUCCUGGAUGACAGUAUUUUCUUGAACUUGAACCUUGCUAGCCAGCUUCUCCUGGCCGUUUCCAUGGGUAAGGCUCCAUCCGGUCUAUGUCCUCUAUAUUUACAUGGUCGUUCCUGAAAUAUUUCUAAUGUCUCAAGUGCUAGAGAAAGAAUUAUCCAGCUGAUGACCUAGCCGUCUAGUUAACGCCUUCUCUAACCUGUGCCUCUGAGGUUGGGUUUGGCUGUGCUCUCCCAUGUGUGACACUGGACCAGGUCUCUGCAGACACCAGGGGCAGGGUCUCCUCAGAGAGGGGGGGUCACCCCCGUCGUGCAGCAUGAAGGGUUUUAGCCCACUGUUUUCCUAAUUCGCAAAAUUACAAAUUGGUUACUUUGCUUGCAAAUGAGCUGUUAAGUCAUAGUAUUUGUUUCAGAAUUUUCCAGAAGCAGUCAACAACUCUAUUGUAUGCACCAAGAGUGCUUUUUUAUUUUUCAGCCUUAUUCCGAAAGAGGGCUCCAUUGAUAACAUUUUAGAUAAGUUAUAGAGAAAUGUGUCUAAUGGAACGUCUUGUUUAUUUAAGCCAAUACCUUUGUCAUCUGGAGAGCAAGUGAACUAGUCGCUAGCAAAGACUGUUCCAGGGGCCACAGUCCCGGACACAGGGCUCCCGGGGUGGGGCGUAUGUGGGAGUCAGGCCC